CUAUCGUUUCUCAUAUCAAUGAUCUGAGGGUGAAAAGAUUAGCAACACGCCUCUUUCCUGUUUUUAUUGGCCUAAAUCUACUGGUUAUUCACCAUAUCAGUGACGUGAUGAACCAACACGUGUAAAUUAAAAUGGAGACUAUCAGCAGCAAUGUGUGCGUGUGUAACUGGACUACCAUUUUUGAAGUAGAAUAAUAAUAUAUCAACAUCCUCGACAUACAGGCAAGCCGUAUCUCUGAUGGUAAUAGCUAAAACGUUAUCUCUGUUUCAGUUCUUGCUGCCCAACCGUAGUACUAAUUAUAGACAGCAAUUAGAAAGCGUUUCCUCAGUACUAGUAUUACUCUGAGUACGGAGAGCGCGUUGUAUUUUUUAAACUUGUGUAGUCACUAGUGGCGUGACCAGCCACCAGUGUGUGGGGAAGGUUCAGAAGAUCAGAUCUUGUUGCUUCUACGCCUGUGCAAUUUCGAAUUCUUUUUGACUCAUGGAAUGACGUUUUUAGUUCCAAUGAAAUUUUAAAAAAUAAAUAAAUUUAAAAAAGGAGGAAGCUGAAUUAUCCACACGACCCAGAGUAUUAUUUAAAAGUAUACAAAGUGCGAUGGGGGCAUUUGGGACAUCAACGUCUGUGUGUAUUUUAUUGCUGUCGCUCUUCGUAGCUCAAAGUGUGGGACUCACUAACACGACAACAAAACCAACAAACAGCACACCAUCAACAACCGGAUCAACACAAACAACAGCUCCCGCCUCGUCCAGCCCAUCGGCUCAAACGUCAACGCCCGUUACGACUACUGCAAGCACAACGCCUGAGACUCCUGCACAGGAAUGCGCAAAACACAACGGCUCUUGCGAUGACUGCGUCAGUGAUUCAAAGUGCAUGUACUGCUACACCGACAACAGCUGUCAGCUGUACCCCACGGGCAAAGUCCUUCCUCCCUCGGACAUGUGUGCGCUGGACGAAGCGAGAUGGGGAGUGUGCUGGUUGAACUUUGAAGCUUUGAUCAUCGCUAUGAGUGUAAUUGGAGGUAUAAUCAUCAUUGGCAUAACUACCAUAUGUAUUUGCUGCUGCUGUUGCCGAGGAAGGAAGAAGAAAAGAUAUCAGAAAGAAGACGACAAGUAUGAACAACAGAAGAUGGAAAGGAAGAUGAGACAAGAUGAAAGAAGAACCGAAAGAAAGGGCAAGUUGGACGAGAUCAGGAGAAAGUAUGGUCUUGUGAAGGAUCCUUAACUGAAACAGCUUCGAUUAUUGCGCCUUUUUUUUGGGGGGGGGGGGGGGGG